GGGCCGGGUCGCCCCGUCCGCUGCAAUUUCGGGGAAGCCUAGGGGCCUAAGCGGAAAAAGGGAAGCUAAGCCGACUGAGACUCCGCCGAGAUCGGCCGGCGGCGACCAUGGCCGCGCAGAGGGAGAAGUCCGCGGUCGCCGCAGCGGCACACGGCGCUGCGGUGUCGGGGUCUCCUUCUCCUUCGUCCUCAUCCGGAGGUCCGGCGGCGGCGUCGUCGGGAGAGCGGUGGAGCGCCGCGAUCGGGAACCUGGGGGAGCUCGGCGCCAACGUGGACGCGCUGCAGAAGCUGCUCGGGCGGAAGGCCGUCUUCGUCGACGACGACAUCUUCUCCAAGGCCUCCCUCGCCGCCGACCAGGCCCGCACCAUUAAGGUCCUUGACCAGAGGGUGCAGUCUCUGGAACGCGAACUCGAUGCUGCCAUUUCUGCAGCAGCUCGAGCUCGUACAGAGAAACGUCAGGCCGAAGCUGCACAGCGAGCUGCAGAGUUACGCACACAGGAGGUCACAAAGGAACUGGAGAACACUGCGAGAGUGUUUGAGCUGCACAUGGAGGAGUUGCGGCUGAAGCAAGAGGAGAUUGCGAAGAAAGAUAGCGAUAUCAAGGUGUUAGAAGCGAUAAUACGAACCCUUAGUAGCAAAGAUGACACCCUUAGUAGCAAAGAUGAUGAUGGAUCCAGCGAAUAAUUGCCAUGCACAGGGAGCAAGGCUUUUAUAUGAUUAUGUAUUUUCUUUUGGGGGUUUAAUCCGUUCUAUUACUCAGAUGGAUGUAAAUUGUUGCGACAAGAUUGAAAUUCAGAGAGCUUUCAGAUGAACAUAAGCACUCUUACGUUGACCUAUUUAUGUCAAUACUAAUGAUAUGUUCACCUCCAUUUAUUUA